AUACAAGAAACUGCACCUGUGUUCGCUAAGGUAAGUAGGAUUUUGUAUUUUUUUUUAAUUUUACAAAUAUGUAGGUACCUAUUUCGUAUAUUUUUAUAAUCAUCGUCCAUUUAUUUAUUUCUCAGAUGACUAAUGCCACGACUGCUGAAAACAAUAGCACGAAUUACUACGAAACCAACAAAGAAAAGUGCAACCAAACAUCAAAUAAUGAUGAGGAACUACAAAAAUGUAUUAUCAAUACGCUUCGAAUACUACACGACGACUGCACUAAUAAUACUAGCAAUAACAGUUCUGACCUGAACAGUCAUUGCGCAGCCAACAAUAAAAUCAAAUUAGAAUCAUUGAAUAAUACCAAGGAAAAUGAAAUUCAAGACAAAGACACAGUUUUGAAAUACGUAUACAAAAAAGGCGACAAAGCAGAAAUUCCUAUAAAAGAUAAAGGUCAUAUCAAAAACAGCUUACGACGAAAACGAGCGACAAAUGAAUUACAUAGCAGAAGUCCACUCCCCAGCAAGUUCCAAAAACCCAUAACAGUCAAUUAUGAAACUUUACAUGGACCUAGAGAAGUAGAACCCUUAGCUCCUCUCCGAAAUACUGAAAACAAAAUAUUAGGAGCCGACUUAGCUGAUUUUAAUAUUGAAACUGUUCAUCAAAACACUGAUGCAAACAGCAAAGAAAAUAUAGCCCCUAAAACCAACAACGACUCGAGUGGGGAAGUUCAUUCAAAUGAAGCAAGCAAUGAAAGAAAUAGCAACAGAAAUACCCUUAGAAAUACUGAAGAUAGCAGAGAACGUGGAGAAUAUAAGAAUAGAAAAUCAGAAAGUGAUAAUGACAAUAGUGGUGAAGACAGAGAUUACCAAAAAAGGAAACCCACUCGAGACAGCUCUGAACGGGAAGACUAUAAAACAUCCAAAUCUGAAAGUGAUGAAAGUGGUGAACGCGGUGAUUACCGAAACACGAAAUCUAGUCGUGAAAACGAUAAUAGUGCUGAGCACACAGGUUAUAAAAAUAGACAAUCUGGUCAAUAUUUAGAUACCAGUGGAGAACGUAGCCACGAAAGAGGUGAAAGUGGAAACCGGGAAAUAAAUAAAAAUGAUAAAUACAGACAAGAUCAAGACGACAGCGGCGAACGUGGAAAUUAUCAAAACAAGAGAAAUGGUUCCGGUGAAACUUACAGUAGUGCGGAGAGUAAUGAAAAUAAUCGCAGACCUGUCACGAGGCCUUCCUCGCGACAAAUUAAUGAAGACAAUUCAGAUAGUGGUGAAAAUAGGAAAAAUGAUCCCAAUAGUGCUGAAAGUCAAGAAAGUGCGGAAACCGGCAACAAAAACUUGAAAUCGCGUGGUAAGGAUUAUGCACCAAGAACAAAUGAAAAGUACCUUGAUAAUGACAGGUCUUAUGAAACACCAAAUCAAGUAGGAUCUCAUCACAGAAAGGGCCCAGAAUCAUCGAAUGAAAACAGUGAUGAAAGCAACGAAAGUAAAGAAACUAAACUACCACAAAAGGAGGCUAACUCGGCAGAUGAUAGCAAUCAAGCUACACCAGCUCCUAUUCGUGAAAUUGACUUAGAUGACUUUAGCUAUGAAAGGGUAAACGUAAAUAAAGAUGGGAAAGUUGAACCGCUGAAAGACAAUCUAGAACUCGUAGAUCCCAAACAAGCUGUAGAAAUAUUACCCCUUUCCACAGCUACACCCGACAUAGUUGAAAAUAAUGAUAGAACACUGAAUUCGUUGACAGAGGGCAAUGCUCCAGAAACUCCUAAGAUAGAAGGAAAUGAAAACAAACUAAUUCAGAUAGAUGACGGCGAAGUUAAACCUGUUGUUGAAAUAAAUCCCGAGAAAGAUAGCGAAUCAAGUGAAGAAAAUAAUAAGUCAAACGUAAGUGAUGAAGUUGAAAGUUUAGAAUCAAUUCUAGGAGUAAAGGAACCAGAAAUUGUGAACGACAAACACAAUGAUCAAAAUGACAAAAUAGUUGAGCAGAAGGCAGCUCAAGAUGGAGACGUAAAACAAGAAUUUGAAAGAAUUCCAUUAAAUUACAAUCAUGCUGAGAAAAGUAAAAAUGAGAACAGUCAAACUGAAGCCCCUAAAGAUGCCACAGAAGAAACGCCAAGCGAUGGUACCCUAGACGUUUUUAUACCUGAUAUCAAAUAUGACGAGCAUUUAAAAAUAAAGUUUGAUGAUGUAUCUAUUAAGUUACCGGACAUCAAGUUGCCAGAUGAUAUUUUAGCAUACACUAGAGAUGGUUCUCCAUAUGGUCAUGAUGAUGACGAUUAUGACAACAAGCAAAAUAAUGAUGAUGUUUCUAGUUAUAAACCAAGUUACUACCGUAAUUACGCCGAUAGAGGAAAAUCACAAGAAAAUAAAAAUGCUAAAGAAGAUGACGAUGAUUCAGAUGAUCAUAAUGAUGAUCACGCACCUCGUUAUUACGGAUACCAUGGUGACGAUGAGGAAAAACAACAAUAUAAAAAGAAGGACGCAGAAGCGAACGAAGCAGACGAAGAAAGUGAUGAAGACGAAGAUUUGUACGAAAAGUUUGUUCGUGAACGAUUUGGCAAACGAGGCACAUUUGAGAAAAGGUCUGAAAAAUUAGAAGCUAUGAACCCUGUUAAUCCUGAAUUGUAUAAAACUAUCAAACAUAUUCUUAAAAAGACUGCAGAUAUUGACGAGCAAGCCAAAAAGAGUGGAGAUCCCAACGCAGGUUACAUGUGGACUCUUGAGUAUGGAGAAAAGUUGUAAUGUUACACUGCAUAAUUUUAAUUACGCUAUAAGUUAUGCAUAAAAUAAAAUAAUGUUAUAUAAAUAAUUUUAUAAUUUUUUGAUAGUCUGAUAGCGUUUAAGUAGUAGUGAAAUAGGUAUUCAGCGUGUAAAAAUUAGACACCGCAUUUAAACAAUAUUGGUAGGUUGUACCACAGAAAUGGCUUCAAUGCACAGCAGUUAUUUUGACGAGAAAGCUUAUUAAUUAAGUAUAUCAAAACGUAUUAUGGAAAUUCGGUAAUCAAACAAGAGUUCCGCCAAUCAUGUUCCCGGGACCGUGUCUUCAUAUCGAUGUAUGUAGAAAUCAUCACCCACAAUGGAUGUAAAUUAAAGCAAAAAGCGCAUUACAUCAAAGCUCUUGUAUAAAACAAAUGUAGCUAAUGUAGGAUCUCAUGUGAUGACUUAUUUUAAGUAAAUACCGAUUUAUUUAAAUAAAAUAUUUUUCUUUCUAUAUUUAACUUUUUUACUUUCUGUAUCCUCAUCCCAUCCUCCACAGCACAACAGUGGAGUGAGUACCUCCGCGUGGAGAGACUACAUAAGUUAGUAUAAUGUCCACUACAUUCACACAAUUCCAAACAAAAAGCGAUAGUCCAAAGGGGUAGUAUAUUGAGGAUAGUAUAUAGUAUUAUAAGCAGAAAAUUUUAUCUAUGGCUGGAGUAUCUUGCAUU